UGUCAGCGUCUCUGCGUCCAGGGGAGCAGCGCUCCGGUCCUCUGGAUUCCUGGCAGCUUCCUCUGGCUCUCUCUCCUUGUGGAGGUCGUAAGAAGUUUGCUACCUGUGUUUUUUCUUCUCUUUUCGCUGGCAUGCGUACUCAUCAUCCAGUCUGCUUCACUUUUGGAGGCAAACUAACAGCGGCGUUGGUUUGUGGGGAUCCGUGCGUAAAAGCCGGCGCGCCCGUCGUUGCGUGACGCGCGGUCGGUGAAAGUAGGGUACGUUUUGCAGGCGCACUCAUGACUCCGUGUCCGUCUUCUGCAGAGACCUGUUGGAUCAGCAGAAACACGCGUGGAAACCUUCCUUCCAAGGUCGACCGGUUCGGAGUGGCGGGUUUGCGUUCUGUGGAUUUUUCCUCCGUGAAACCAGCGCUUCCUUCAACGUGCUCAUGGAAGAACCUAUGUUUUUAUGCAACACCAGUGCCAUAAAGGACUGGAGCUAUUUCCUGUCUAAGAUCUUGCCUCUGAUGAAUAAAACCACGGGCUUGGUGAGCAUGGACGAAGCGGAGACGGUGGCCCCCACGGCGGUGACGUCUCUGCAGCCGGACGGGGCAAUGAGCGCCAGCAACCCGCCUCCAAACUCCAACCAGACCUCGGGCAUGGAGCACAUCUUCCAGUACUCCUACUCGGAGAACGACCUGCUGUUCACGGGCUACAGGACGCCCGCCCGGGACUCCAUCCCGCUGCCCAAGGCGGUCCUGUACCUGGUCAUUUCCGCGCUGGUGGUGGUGGCGGUGGCGUAUGCCAUCGUGGGACACCUGGUCAAGGAUGUGGUGAACGACUUUGUUGGUGGAGGCCGGUCAAUUGUUGCUGAAGGCGACGGCGGCGAAGCCAGUGAGCCAGACUGGGUGUUCGACCCGCGUCGACCUGCAAACCGCAACAAGACGGCGAUCAGCUGCAUCGCCAACAACCUGCAUGAGCUGAGCGAGCUGCCUGAGGGGGAAAGGAGCUGCGUCUCUCUGAACCACACCAACGAGCCGAGCCCCGGCAGGCCGGAGGAGACUGUGCUCACUGUAGAUGAGACCCUGGAGCAACAUCUCCCAGACUCCCACGCCGGGACUUAAACGUGACUCCCCCACCCACCCACCGCCCCCACCGGACGUUUUUCCCUGAGAGAAACAAAGCAGCAUGUUUGCUUGCAUCUCCUGUUUUGAAGCGGGUUACCCGGCUGUCUCUGAGCGGAGGCGUUUUUCCCCCCUGGCGCCACCUGCAGGACGGCAGCGGAAGCGCAGUGGUGUUGGCACCGCAGCGGGCGUGGAGACACCGCAUGCUGACGUGUGUUUUGACGGGACUCUCUCGUGUCAGGGUCAGGGAGGAGAGCAGGGCACCAAUCCUAAUCUGGAUUACAGAUGGACUGUUUCACCCCUAAUCUCACAUUUAUCACCUGAAACUUUCACCUGGGUAGGUCAGUCCUCACCGUAAUGACUUUUUACAGUUCAGACUGUUUUUAAAUUAGCGUCAUUUGCACCUGACGGUUCUUUCUCUGCACAAUCUUGUGAUCGCUGAGGCAAAAAAAAAAAAAAAAAGAUUCUCCUUUUUGCAACGUCAUGCUUAUAUAGCUUGAUGUGAAAAAGUGCUGAGUCACCUCUGAGAGCUUUGUUCCACCCAAAUGCAAAAAAAGAUCUUAGAGAAAACGUUGAAAGGCAGUUGUCAGUACAGCUGUUUCUGGUU